AACCCGGUACCUGCCAACAUGGAAGGUGGUGACGACCUAGUCGCUGUGGCUGGCCUUGGCGCUUUGGGCUCUGGAGGUGCUGCAGCGACAGUCCUGGAGCUUCUGCAGGACGAGUGUUACAGCGAUUUUUUAAAUGAAGACUUUGAUGUAAAGACUUAUACUUCCCAAUCUAUUCAUCAAGCUGUAAUUGCUGAACAACUAGCAAAACUUGCCCAAGGAAUCAGUCAAUUGGAUAAAGAACUACACCUACAGGUCGUUGCAAGACAUGAAGAUUUACUGGCACAAGCAACUGGGAUUGAGUCUUUAGAAGGUGUUCUUCAGAUGAUGCAGACGAGAAUUGGGGCUUUACAAGGAGCUGUUGAUAGGAUGAAAGCAAAGAUUGUUGAGCCAUACAAUAAAAUAGUAGCCCGUACUGCACAGCUAGCAAGACUUCAGGUUGCCUGUGAUUUGCUUCGGAGAAUUAUUCGCAUCUUGUAUCUCAGUAAGAGACUCCAAGGACAACUGCAAGGGGGAAGUAGAGAGAUAACAAAAGCUGCUCAGAGUCUCAGUGAACUUGGCUGUGAAUUUUAACAUGUAUAUAAGUCAUGUAAGUACGACUACAGUCAUGAUACAGAAUAGUUCUACUCCACCACCCCCAAUUCCCUCAUUAUCCCUUUAUGAUCAUACUCAUCCCCUCCCCCUAACCUGAACAACUACUGAUCUUUUCUCCAUCAUUGCAGUUUUUUCUUUUUUAGAAUGUCGCAUAAAUGGAAACAUAAAGUAUGUAACCUUUUGAGGCUGGCUUCUUGUACUCAGCAUAAUACCUUUGAGAUUUAUCCAAGUUAUUGAGUGUACCAAUCGUUUGUUCCUUUGUGUUUAUAUACCAUUGUAUGGAUGUUUGUUUAUUGACUUAUUGGUUGAAGGACAUUUGUGUUGUUUCCAGUUUUUGCUGAUUAUGAAUAGAGCUGCUAUAAACACUGGUGUACAGGUAUUUAUGUGAACUUCAGUUUUCAUACCUCUAGGGGAAAUAUCCAGGAGAAAUGCUGUGUUUUAGGUGAAAAAUUCCACGUUGAUAUUUUUGCCUGGGAGAUUUAUUUAAAUCAUUUCUUUAUUCAUUUAGUCUUUUCUCAGACAUUUAGAGCAGGACUUUGAUAUUCAAGGGUUUAAUGUUCAUGGUUUUGACAAGCUGCAAGGUCCAUGAUACAGCAAUUCAUAAUUUUUCAGGUGGAAUUUCAAAUAGCUUGUGAGUGCCCAUAGAACUGACCAACACGUGUGUUAUAAUGAGGCUUUGUGGUUUUCUUCUUUUUAUUGGGUACCCAGUAAUUUUCCUGAAGUGGAUAUAUUUAGUAGUAUUUGUACAUUUAUAGGUUCAGAAGUACUUAUAUAGCCAUCUCAAAUAUUAAUAGUUUGCUUUCUCUUGGUGAUGUGCAUUGAAAGUAGUUAUGCCAAAAUAAAAACAGAAAAGUGCACUGUGUGUUCUUUCUGAAUUUUCCUAUCUUUAUUAUUUCAAUUUUAUAGUCAUGCUGUAAUGCUUAUUUCAUAUAUUUUACUGAUCAAGGAAAUGUAAUAUCCUUCACUGAUCAUGCUUUAACAUUUUAAUUGUAUAAUGCUCAAAUAUAGGCUUUGCUUAGGCUCAUCAAUGAGAAUCUGUCUAAUGUGAUUUAGAAAGCUUGGAAUAUAUCAUGUAAAAAGUUAAUUUUUUAAGCAAUGAAUAAUGCUCGAGUGUUGUUUUCACAGAAUGUUCUAAACAUAGGAGUGUAAAAAUCCUAGUAUCAGCUGUUAUUUUUUAUUCUAUCAUGUUUAAUUUCUGUUUUUCUUCAAAAAUAAUCUGUUGAUAAUAGAAUCAUUAAACAUAGAUAUAAAUUA